GGAUGUGCUUGCCAUAAUCGGCUGUCUUCGCGCUUGAAUAACCUGUCCCAGUGUCUGAGGAAAAUUGUUACACCUUGCUCCACUCAGAAUUGCAUUAGUUGAUUUUGCUUGACCAGCAAUGAUUUCAAAUUAAUAGCACUAUUUUAGAUAGCAAAGGGGUGGGUUAUGUGUGACAAUACAUAUCAAUGUGGUCACACCAUAUUAUGUCCCUUGCUAAAUGAGAACAUUAAACCUAGAAGACAACUACCUCAGUGGAAACAGUAUCGCAAGUAGAGCAUGGAAUUCUGCAUUUAGUUGACCGUGAAAAUCCUCAAAUUACUGUUUUGGUGGAUUGCGAAGGAAUGUCACGUUUGAGAUUUCCCACUCAAAUCAUGAGAUCAUGUUUUGCUAUUUUUCAAGAUCACUUCCCAAAUCGGCUUGGCUUUUUGUUUGCCAUACGGCUUCCUCCAGAUGUUCGAGUUAUUGCACAAACUUUUAUUCAAGUUCUGAAGCCCGUCACUCGGCAAAAGUUGAAAGUUGAAGGGGAGAUGUACCAGGAGGUUCUCAUGGAGAACUUUCCCACACUCCCAUCAUAUCUUGGUGGCACUUGCAAGUGUAUAAGAUGUUCAAAGCUCAGCAUUCGCAAUAUGGGACCGCCUCAAAUGAAUGAUGUGGUCAGCUGUGACAACAUGUCAUCACCUCAUCCAAGCAAUAUGACCAAUACACACAUGAAUGGAAAUUAUGAUCAGGUUUUGCGAUCUGCCAUAGUAAGCAUCCUCAUGCUCUGGGUUCUGAUUGCUCUUCUUGCAGGAAUAUAUGAUCCUGAAAGCAGUCCAUUUUUACCUUCCUAAGGUAACGAAAAGUGACCCUUUUCAUUUCCCUUUUCUCUCUCUCUUGCAUAUAAUAAGUUGCAUCAGUUUUGUACUUUCUACUCUUUCGAAUGUCCUUACAGAAAUCAGAUGAGAAUAUUAUUUUGAGGUUGAUUUCCUCAGGGUUUUUUUU